AUGGCGACCAAUCCACCGGACAUCAAGGGACUAGCUCAGAGAGCUGUACAGGUGAACAAGGAACAUCAGUAUGCUCUUAAAGUUUACACCGAGAGAGUGGAGGCAGAGCUACAGACGAUCGACAAACUAUUGGCUGUUGCAGAACUGUCGGAACAUGAAGACGAACUUGAAGUGAAUGCUGGAGGAGAUGUGGUGAUUCCUAAUUCAGUGAAAGCCACUGGCAUGGUUCUCCUGUCUGACCUCCUGGCUGAGGACUCACCUUAUCAUCGAGAUGCUACCAGGCGACAAAACUACGUCGACUCCACCGUACUUCAUCCCAUGAAGGGGCCAGAACUAGAAGCUCUUGCCGAUGCUGUACGUUCUGAGAACUAUCGCAUCCACGCGUAUGAAGCUCAACAGCGUGGCCAGCAGCCUUUUAUUCAGUUGGACGAUUAUCCUGCUGGACACUUUGAGCAGAACAAGGUAGGCAUCAAUUGGGAACGCGUCGCGAAGAAGGUCUCAUCAUCUGGUGCUACCGUGCAACGAUCUGCUAAAGAAUGCGAGAUACGCUGGUUGGGGGAACGUCAUCCCCUAUUAAACCAUGUGCAGUGGACGCAAACUGAAAUUACUCGAGUGAAGGAGCUAGUUGCUGAUGCCACUGAAGGACAAGUGGACUGGGUAGAUGUCGCUGCAAAACUCGGAACGAGGCGUACUCCUGUCGAUUGUAUGCGUCACGCCAUCAUCAGGAAGACACACACCUGGAGUACUGAAGCGGAUGAACGGCUAUUAGAAGCGGUGAAAAUAUAUGGCACUGACAGCUGGAGUCUAGUCGCGCGGAUGGUGUCUGAGGACGCUACCGCGUCCCAGUGCCAGAACCGCUAUGUCCGAACUGUUGACCCGAACAUCAAACGAGGUGCAUGGACGGAAGAGGAAGAUGCCCAACUUCGCCGCGCUGUGGCUGUCUUUGACCAUUCUUGGGUGGAUGUCGCCACCUGUAUUGCUGGUCGUAACAACGAGCAAUGUCGUGAUCGUUAUCAAGAGUAUCUCAACCCGACAGUCACCAGGGGGAAGUGGACAGAGGCCCAAGACCAGGCGCUUCUGCAAGCGUAUGAGACAGUCGGAGAAGCUAAGUGGAAAGAAAUCAGCAAGCUGGUGGGCAAUGGUCGAACAGAUAACAUGUGUCGAAGUCGGUACACGGUCCUCAUGAAGCGACAGGCGAAAACAAGCACAGCCUCCCCGGCUGCCGCAGGACCCAGCUCGUCCAGUCGAUCAAGCUUUGUUCCAUUGGACUUUGCGCCUCCCCAGGUACAACCUACGCAGCCUACUGAACCUGUGCAACUUGCACGACCACAACCAAAGCCCAGGCCACCUUGCGCUUCCACGUCCGCCGUGCCUGCUGAUGAAACUGGCGAUGCGGUUGCACCUGCUGCGCUGAAACCAAGGCCAAAGCCUAAAGCUCGUCGAAAGACAACUACUGAUACUGCUAACAGCUCACAAGUGCUGAGUAGCGCUGUUUGCGAUGCUACAGAGGGUGGCACCUCAACGGGAGGUAUUCGUCCGGACCAGGCGGCGGCCACUGCACACAGGAAAGGCAAAGGCAAAGAAAAGGCCCACGAUGAUGUUAUUCAACUGAAACCUCCACCGGCGAGAGCUGCAAAGAGGAAGGCGCCUGCGGGUGCGGAUGCAAGUGCGGCUGAACGCCCUCCUCCAAAGCGGAGGAAAACAAAAACGACGUCAGCGCAAACUGUCGAGGGUAUUGCUAAUUCUGAUGGGGUCCCGCAGGAAGCUGCUGGAGAAGUAGAGGACGAACAAGAAGCCCAAGCAGGACCUUCUGCGCAGCCAGAGUUUCGUGCGGGUCCCGAUACGAAGGCCAAAGGGAAAAUAGCCACACGUAAGGUUCACAAACACUCUCGCAAGAAAGGGUGUACUGUCGACACCCUGGAGGCAGCACCGCUGGACGCACAAGAAGUCGGUGCUUCUGUGGAUGUAUCUGCAACCUCUGGACUGCCUGAUGAUCUGCUUGAAGGUUCUUCUCGCCCAUCGACCGGACGCCGUGGCAGAAAGGGUGGCCAAUUGACAAAUACGGAGCCCACAAGAAGACAGCCUGCCAGAGCAGCAGCCCGCCGCGCUUUGGCUUCGCCUAAGCCAGUAAUAUCCGAGCCGCAAAUAUGUCUAACGGCGACUACGGGUACGUCGCCUGUUGAAACGUCAGAACAAGUAGAGGCGUCCGUUGUUCCAUGUGAAGUGGCGAGCGGCUCGGAGUUGUCCUCAAUUCCAUCGACGCCAGGGAGAUGA